AUGGUUUUGGAAAAGUUACCAAUACAUUCUUCACAUCAUCAACAACCAUCUGUACAGCUGAACAUCAACAAUGAGUCAACACAUGUGGUGGUCAACCCACUAAAGCAAACAAUUUCUAUUGGACACAAAUCAUCUAUUGAAGAUGAUUUUUCUCAUGAAAAUGUAUCGCUACUCUUGAUGAAUGCUUUACAUAAUCAACAUCAGCAACAUGAAAGUAGUUCAAGCAGUAAUGUGUUAUUCUCAUCAACACAUGCUUCCACCAGUUUAAUCCUUUCGAAUAAUUUAAAUGCUCUCACAUCUCAUCACGAAGCAUCCUCUUCCAUGAAUCAACAUGCAUCCAACAACACAAUUGAUUUGAAUACAGUCCAUCAUGUUGUUAACCAAUCAAUUUCUCCAAUUUCCUCUAAAGCUAUUUCAAUGCAUAAAUCCAUGGCAUCUUCAUCGGAUUCUUCAACUCGAGAGGAAAUUCCAAGCCUUAUGAUACCUUGUAGUGGCGUUAAGAAGAGCUCGAAACUAGAAAAGCAUAGACCAUCCCCAGAAUCAACAUUAACAUGUAACUUUUCUAUGCAUACUUUGGAAUCGUUUAAAACUGAACAAUUGAGAAUACAAAGUUUGCCAAAGAGACCUAGAGGUAGACCUAGAAAACCUGGAUCAAUUCCAAGAGGAAGAAAGAAAACUGUGUCCACAACAGAUGAACAGAAGCAACAAGAUGAUUCAAAUUCAUCAGAUAACGAAUCAUCGUCGUGCAGUGAUGAUGCCAGCAGCGAUCAAUCCACAAACUCUGCAGAACCAAACCAUUAAAGUAUUUAAAUUGUAAAC